AUGGGCUCCAUCACCCCCUCUUCCCCCCCCGUCUACCCCCCCUUCCCCAACACGGGCUCCCUCAAGGACUUCAACCUCGUCCACCUCACCCCCGCCAUUGGGAGUGAAUUCCGCGAUGUCGACGUGACUGCCUGGCUCCGCGAGCCCAACUCGGACGACAUGAUCCGCGAUCUAAGCCUGCUCCUGGCCGAACGCGGCGUCAUCUUCUUCCGCAACCAACACAACAUCACCGACACCCUGCAAAAGGAACUCUGCCGACGCCUGAACGAACUCUCCGGCGCGCCCAAAGAAAACGGGUUCUAUCGCCACUCCUUGCUGGCCAUGCAAGGCGAGGACCCCGAAAUGGGUAAAGUAGAUCCGGAUCGGCUGCGCACGAUGUACAACAAGCCGCUCAAUGGCAUGCCUCGCCAGACGCAUAUCCGCGAGUGGCAUACUGAUUCGAGCUUUGAGUAUAUGCCUCCGAGUUAUACGGUUUUGAGGCUGGGGGAGAUGCCGGAGACGGGUGGUGACACCCUCUGGGCCUCCGGCUACGAGCUCUACGACCGGCUCUCCCCGCCCUACAAACGCUUCUACGACACCCUGACAGCCACCCACAUGUCGCCCGCCCUCGCCGAAGCCGGGCGCCAAAACCCCAAAGGGAUGGAUAGUGGCCCCCGGGGCGCAAGCGGCAACGUGGGACUCGACUUUUGCACGCAGCAUCCACUGGUGCGCACGCACCCAUUGACGGGCUGGAAGGCCGUGUUCGGAUGGGGCACGAACUGUCAUCAUAUUGACGGCGUGACGGAGAUGGAGAGCAAGGCGCUGUUUGAUAAGAAUCGGCGACUGAUCAUGGAUAAUCAGGAUCUGCAGGUACGGUUUCGCUGGGAGAGUACGGGGGAUUUGGCCGUGUGGGAUAAUCGGUGUACGUUUCAUUCGGCGACGCAUGAUCAUUUUGGACUUGGGGAGCGGGUCGGGUGGAGAUGUAUGGUCAUGGGGGAGAGGCCGUUUUUGGAUCCCAAGAGUAAGAGUCGGAAGGAGGCCACGGGGGGGUGGCCGUAUAAGUUGGAGAAUCCGAUUGAGGGGUAGGGCUGUAGCUGCUUCUUCUUCUUCUUCUUCUCCUUCUUCUUCUUCUUCUUCUUCUUCUUCUUCUUCUUCUUCUUCUUCUUGUUGUUGUUGUUGUUGUUGUUGUUGUUGUUGUUGUUGUUGUUGUUGUUGUUGUUGUUGUUGUUGUUGUUGUUGUUG